CCGAAGUGGCCAGCCCUGGCUGGCUGUAAUCGCUAACACUUCCUCUCUGAAUUAUGCUGAUACGGCAGAAUUCCACGUUUGGUUGGGAGGAGGAUGGCGUUCGAGGACAUGUGUUUGCGUCUGCGGACAAUAGCACUCUUAUCAUUGCCAUCAAAGGAACAAGCGCCGCGAUUCUAGGAGGAGGAGGAGGUACCUCCACGCGCGACAAAAUCAAUGACAAUCUUUUGUUUUCAUGCUGCUGUGCCAAAGUGGAUCGCACAUGGAGGGGUGUCUGUGACUGCAAUACGGGCGGAUAUCAGUGUGAUCAAACGUGUAUUGAGAACAGCGUUAACAGUGAUGAUGUUUAUUAUAACAUUGCAAUGGCCAUAUUGUGGGCCGUCCAGGACAUGUACCCGGGCGCCAAUGUUUGGCUGACGGGACACAGUCUAGGAGGAGCCCUCGCUGCUCUUCUCGGAUUGACGUUUGGAGUGCCCACGGUGACGUUCCAAACGCCGGGCGACAGGCUAGCGGCACAGAGACUGCAUCUGCCUAUGCCCCCGGCGAUCGAUUGGAACGACUUACCGCUCUUUCAUAUUGGCCACACCGCAGACCCAAUCUUCCAGGGCGUGUGCAACGGUCCUUCGAGCGCCUGUUACUACUCUGGCUUUGCGAUGGAGAGCAAAUGCCACACGGGACGUACAUGCGUUUACGACCCUGUGAAGGAGGACAACUGGAAGGUCGACAUCCGCACCCAUCGGCUAUUUGAUACUAUCGAGGGCGUGCUCAAGGUCAAGCCUGUACCCACAUGUAAACCCGAGGAGGGCUGCGUCGACUGCGAACUCUGGUCGUACAGUUAGCUUGCUAAUGCAGCUGCCAAAGCAAUAAAACAACCCUACUGACCUGGUCUACUGAGCCCAUAGCACAUGC